AUGAAGAACAAGAUUGGAUAUCCUCCUGUCUCCUCUACCUCCUGUCCCCAGAUAUCCUCCUGUCCCCAAUAUCCUCCUGUCCCCAGGAUAUCCUCCUGUCCCCAGAUAUCCUCCUGUCUCCUCUACCCCCUGUCCCCAGAUAUCCUCCUGGUCCCUCAUACCUCCUGUCCCCAGAUAUUCUCCUGUCCCCAGAUAUCCUCCUGUCCCAGAUAUCCUCCUGUCCCCUCUAUCCUCCUGUCCCAGAUAUCCUCCUGUUCCCCAGAUAUUCCUCCUGUCCCCAGAUAUCCCCUGUCCCUCUACCUCCUGUCCCCAGAUAUCCUCCUGUCUCCUCUACCCCUGUCCCAGAUAUCCUCCUGUCCCUCCUACCCCCUGUCCCCAGAUAUCCCUCCUCGUACCCCUAGAUAUCCUCCUGUCCCCUCUACCCCCUGUCCCCAGAUAUCCUCCUGUCCCCUCUACCCUCUCUGUCCCCAGAUUAUCCUCCUGUCCCCAGAUAUCCUCCUGUCUCCUCUACCCCUGCUCCCAGAUAUCCUCCUGUCCCUCUACCCCUGUCCCCAGAUAUCCUCCUGUCCCCAGAUAUCCUCCUGUCCCCUCUACCCCCUGUCCCCAGAUAUCCUCCUGUCCCUCUACCCCCUGUCCCCAGAUAUCCUCCUGCCCCAGAUAUCCUCUGUCUCCUCUACCCCUGUCCCAGAUAUCCUCCUGUCCCCAGAUAUCCUCCUGUCCCCUCUACCCCUGUCCCCUUACCCCCUGUCCCAGAUAUCCUCCUGUCCCCUCUACCCCCUGCCCCUCGACCCUGUUUCAAUUAAGAAACAAGCUGA